AAUUGGGUUUAAGAAGAACGGCGGGAUUUCCUGUACGUGACUCUUGCAGGCCCCACCCUUUGCGUUUUCCGCACAGUCAAUCAAAAUAGAAAAAAAUUGACUAGAAUCACCGUUUUCAGCUUCCCUUCGAUUAAUGUAAUCAUGUUUGGCGUGUGAUAAUACCGGGAUUCUGCGAAUUUAAAUAAUUCACGUAAUGACUGUUUAGCCAACAGUAAACGUUAGCCUGCAUGCUAGCAACAACAAUUAUCACAAAGCUAUGUAUGAUUCGUAGCUAAAUGGCUUCAGUUUGAUCAUCAACUCCACACCGCAAAUGUAACGAAGCCCCAGAGCAGCCAGUGAAACAAGAGGAAAUGGCUGCCUUGGACAGCUGUCAACGCGAGUUUCUGCAGCAAGACGGUGGCACAGGAGAUCAGGACACUCAGCCAUCACCGCUUGCUCUGCUGGCAGCUACCUGCAGCAAGAUCGGGUCGCCAUCGUCAGAGAGGGAUAACGGUGCUGCCGCUGUAGUGACUACAAACCUAACAUCCAUCCAGUUAACAGGGAACCCAGAUAGAUGGGAGGUUUUGACCCCCACAACAACAGUGAACGAGGAACCUGGCGCGGUCCAUAUCCAGACUCAGCGGAUUAUGACAUCAAACGGACAGUAUGUUCUUCCUCUCCAGAACCUUCAGAGCCAACCGAUCUUUGUGACAUCAGGAAGCGACGCCUCCGCCAACGCAGUGCCUAACAUUCAGUACAUUCAGACAGCUGAUGGACAGCAACUAAGCUUCUCCACCUCCUGUGUGGAGGGGGCCACUCUGAGCCAAGAUGCCACAGGGCAGAUCCAGAUUUUGCCUGACGGAACUCAAACUAUAAGUGUGACAGGGGCUGGAGACAUCCUUACUAACAACCAAAACCUCAUAUCACAGACUGGUCAUGUCCAGCAGAUCCAGGGUGUUUCUAUCGGCAGCUCCACCUUUAACAACCAGGGACAGGUUGUCACAAAUGUGCCUAUGGGGUUGCCAGGGAACAUCACCUUUGUCCCCAUUAACAGUGUGGACUUGGACUCUCUGGGCCUCUCUGGUGCUCAGACUAUAGCAACAGGGGUCACUUCUGAUGGCCAGCUAAUCAUGACCAGUCAGCCUGUAGACAGUUCUGAGAGUUUGGAGAAGACAGCUGACCAGCUCUCGCAAACUCUAUCUGUAAAUGACUCGAAUGCUAACUCAGAAAUGUAUCUACCAACAUCCUCGGCCCAGCUGCCUGAGAGCAUAGAUGAGCCGGGUGUUCUGACCCAAGCCACAGAGCAGACAGAUCCCUCUGGUCUCCAGGAGGGCUACAUUCAUCAGAACCAUGUUCAGAACAUCCAGGUCUCCUCAGGCCAGUCCAUCAUCCAGCUGCAGCAAGUGCCGGUCCAGACCAGUGAUGGUCAGGUGGUGCAGGCAGGAGGGGGGCAGAACGUGCAGCUCUUCAACCCAGGGACCUUCAUCAUCCAGGCCCAGACCGUCACUCCCUCAGGCCAGAUCCAGUGGCAGACCUUUCAGGUGCAGGGGGUCCAGAACCUGCAGAACAUCCAGCUGCCCACCAACCCAGCCCAGCAGAUCACCCUGGCCCCAUUGCAGGCCCUGUCUCUGGGCCAGGGAGGAGCGCAACAGAUCCCCAACCUGCAGACUGUGACUGUUAACUCUUUGGCCCAGACAGGCAUUCAUUUCCAACAGGCAGAGGACACCGACAGCCCUGGAGAUAUCCAGAUAAAGGAGGAGCCGGACUCAGAGAACUGGCAGCUGGGCAGUGACUCCACUCUGAACACCAGUGACUUGUCCCACCUGCGGGUCAGGCUAGUGGACGAGGAGGACCAGCUCGACGAGGGGGGCAAGAGGCUACGAAGGGUGGCCUGCACCUGCCCCAACUGCAAAGAGGCUGGAGGGAGAGGAUCCAAUAUGGGCAAGAAGAAGCAGCACAUCUGUCACAUUCCGGGCUGUGGGAAGGUGUACGGGAAGACAUCCCACCUGCGAGCGCACCUGCGCUGGCACUCAGGGGAGCGGCCCUUCGUCUGCAGCUGGAUGUACUGUGGGAAGAGGUUCACGCGUAGCGACGAACUGCAGAGACACCGGAGAACACACACAGGGGAGAAGAAGUUUGUUUGCCCGGAGUGUUCCAAGCGCUUUAUGCGGAGCGACCACCUGGCCAAGCACAUUAAAACGCACUUGAACAAGAAAGGAGUCAUGAACUCUGUGAGCAGCGCGGUGGUGGCCUCCAUGGAGUCUGCGGGUUCGUCAGACAGCAUCAUCACGGCUGGCGGCACCACCCUCAUCCUCACCAACAUCCAGCAGGGCUCCAGUAACGCCCAGGACAUUCUGGCCAACGCUGAGAUCCCCCUGCAGCUAGUCACCGUAGCAGCCGGAGAAGUCUUAGCGAUGGCCGAGUCACAGUGACACUCAUUAACGCUUCAUGAACUUCUUCAUCGCUAAUGUUCCCUGCUUGUUUUUAUUUUUAUUUUUUAUAUAUACAUACAUGAAUAUAUAUUAUAUUUUUAAGAAGAAUGAUAGCAUUAAAUGUGGUUCCAAUACAUACCCACUAAAAUGCCUUAUUUUGUAUCAUAUUGUGGAGUUGAAAAGGUGGAACGGCGUGUGGUUUUUAAGAUACUGUUAAUUACUUCAAGGUUUGAGUUAAAUGUGUAUAAAAAAUAUUGGUACAGAAAUGAAGUGAUUGGAUAUUAGGUCUGUCAGAUUCCUUUAAGCAAAACAUUUAGUUAACAUUGAGUGUGACUCCUGUUAUUUUCCUGAAGUAAGUUCUUUCUUACGUCCAGACGUGUCAUCAUGUAAAUGUUGUAAUGUAAUUGAGCUUUUUUUUGUCAUAUGCAGUUCUUAAUUUUUUUUGUACUUCUUGAUUAGUUAUUUGUGCUUGCCUAAAACUCAGCGUCCCCCCCCCCCCCCGCUCAGUUGCAUCCUGAAUAAUUUUGCAGGUGGCAAAAAGGAAACAAUCUUCUAUUUAAAAUGCUGUAUAAUUCCUAUUCAACAACCACAAUUGAUGUAAUAUGCAUUUCUUGCAAAUCAAGUGUUUUGAGUGUUGCAGCUCUUCUAUAUUAGGCUUUGCAUAGUAAACUGGUUUUGUGGUAUCUCAAGGUCCAACAUCUUUAAAAGUUUUUUUUAAAUGUGUAUAGUGUAAUAUUCAUGUGUUUCUUUUGAAAAAAUAAUUUCUAAAUGAUUCUCAAUUUAAACAAAAUAGAUGAGUCAUUUACAUGAGAGAGAAAAAAGCCAUGCUUAGGGGUUAAAUUGCCAAAUUUGACUAAUCUCAGGGUGACUUGGUCAUGCAGUGCUGUCAGUUUGCACGGUAGAACAAUCCUCCGCUGUGGUCGCUAGGGCUGCUAUGGGGUGUUGUGUAGAGAUGUGUUAUUCCAUGGACCAAAAGCCAAGGUGAAUUAUGCUGUCGCCAUGUUACCUAUGCUCUUUGAACUGAAUGUGUCAGUCUUUAAAUGACAACAACCCCCCCUUACUUUUAUGUAAUAGUUAGGUAAAAAGAUGCAUUCUGUGUCUGCGCCUCAAUCAAUCAGUCCUCUUAAAACAGAAAUGAAAUGGUGUCACUGUGUAGGUCGGUACUCUUUUAAUAGCACUGUUCUCUUCACCUGCAAUUUGUUAAUGAUCUUUUUUGUAUGAAACUCUUCGUACACUGCCCAUGGAACUGUGUUGGUUAUGCUCUUUCAGCACUGUCAGUUUAGUAUACAUGUUUCUGUCUCUGUCUUAUUUCUUUUAAUUGAAAUGGGUUUUGAGUCCCUUUUCUGUGGUAAUAUAUCUCCGUAUCUAGGUUUUUAUUCAGAUUAUGAAAUGUAAGAUUGAAGAACGUGAAUUGUGUGCAUUGUGUCUGCUGCCGGGAUUGUUUGUUGUGACGUUCUGGAAUAUAUUUUCAACUCAUAAGGCCCCCAGUGGCUUUAAGCCCACCGUCAUGUAAUUGAAAUGUACUAUACCUUGUGUGGUCAUGAACAAAACACUGUUAUACCUCACAGAUUCACAUUUAGAAGUGAUCAUGACAUUUUUACAAUCUCAGAAAGUUUCAAUCUGGAUGUUUGUCAUGUUAUAAAUCCUUGGUUCAUUAUGAACAUUUUGUAACAUUUGGUAUUCAUUUCACAUAUUUUAUUCUGUUUUGUUUUCAAAAAGCGCAAAACAAUUGUACAAGGUCCACUUUUUGUGCACAGCAUAUUAUUUCAUACUAAAAUGACUAAACAUUACCUGCUA